GCAAUCUAUUUCUUCACUCAAUAAGACCAAUUAUUCCCAGACUUAUGAUGCCAAUAUUGCCUGCUUCUUCGGCGACCAGCUACCGGUAGGGCCCUGAUCCAGAAAAACAGGGGAAGCUCUCAGGUUCCUGAGGCGCCGCCCUCGUCGGACAUCAUCAUGUUCCAAAGAAUCAAGGCUUCGAUUGACCGGACGAUCGCUGAAGAGCAAGCGAGACAGAAGCCGGAGUCCCCGACACUCCAGCGCACAUCUUCCUCUGCCGGGACCUCGCGAACUACUUCCUCAUCUCAAACCAAGAGGACUCGCGCGCAACAACCUGGAAGUCAAGAUGUGGCUACGGAUGCCGCGCCCAACCCUGAUCCCGCCGUCUUCGAGGCGGCGUUUGUAUUAGACGAUAGCGAUGAACCGAGUCGCGCGGGUACGCCAAAGUCAGUAGCCAUGGCAGAGGGGAAGGCCGACGGCGAUUCGGGGUCCAAGGCCUCAGGGGACUUGGAACCGGCGCAGCAGAGUGGGAAGGACGACCAGGAGAAGGGCAUCUCUGAAAAAUCGACGGAACUGCAGACCAAGAAGACCGAGAAUUCUGCAACUUCGAACAGUAACAAUCUCCCGCCGGAGAUCCGUGCCAGACUUCGCAAGUUGGAGAAGUUGGAGGCGACCUACCCAGAGAUUCUACGCUCCUACAGAAUUGCUCACAGCCGGGCAACAUCCAUUGAACCCUUUGAACGCGCCCUCAAAGAACACACAAGCGUUGGCUCGAUCCGGGAGCCUGAGGCACUCGUUGAAUUUCUCAACUCGUUGAAGAUGAAGGAACAACUCGUCAUGGAAGAAUACAAGAACGUAUCCAUGGAGAGGGAUGAGUUUAAGAAGAAGUACGAGCAGGCAGAGAAAGAUCUCAGUGCCUUGAAGGACGAAGUGGCUGCCUUGAAAGUUUCCCAGCCGAACGCGGACGCAGCGGCCGACAUUGACGACAAGCAAGAGAAAACAUCAAAAGACAGCGAUGAAACCGCAAGCGGGCAUGUUCGAAGCCCUUCGUCCAGCAAGUCUCCUGUUCAGUCCGUCCUGGGCAUCUUCUCGCCGAAACAGAAGCCCCAGGGAGGGGAGGGGCCGGCAGAGCCGGACGCCAGCGAGGAUUUUUUCUCUUUCGACAACGAAAUACCCCAACUGCAGGCCGACGUUGCUGCCAAGGCUGGACAAAUUGAGAACCUCAACGCCGAAGUGGAGUCGCUCAAGCAGGAGCUUGCUGUCGCCCGAGAGUCGAGCGCCGAACUCGUCGAAAGCCUUGAAAAGGCUACCCGCGAGACCAGCGAGCUUCGCGAUACGGCUGCCCUUGGUUCUUCUCUGCAACCCCAGCUGGAUGCGAAAGACGUCGAGAUCACUGCCCUGAAUGAGCGAUUGGAGAAGGCCCAGGCACAACUCACAGAGACCGAGAGCUCCCUAAAGUCUGCACUGGACAACCUAAGCUCCCUGGUCAAGGAAUGGGAGACGAAAGCUUCGGGGUCCGCUGCGCGAGCUGACAAGGAACAUGCCCAGGCAGAGAAGCUCAUCCGAGCGAAGUUUGAAUCGGACAAGAGGAUCGACUCUCUCACUCAAUCGAUUGGCGAGCUCAAAAAGCUCAAGUCUGAAGACGAGGCCAAGAUUGCAGAGCUCCUAAAGGAGCGGGAAGCUGCUGCUACCGCAUCGACGUCCAGCGCACCGCAGCCGGCAGCUGCAGAACCCGCCGCGACAACCACCACAUCUACAACAUCCAAGAAGAAGCAGAAGAAAAAGAAGAAGGGCGGUGCGGGCGGUGGCCCAUCUGCCCCCGAUACGGCCAGUACAGCCAGCGCUCAGCCUGGAGAGCCAGUGGCCGAAGAUUCACAACAGACAAGCUCAUCGGAGGCUCUUGAGGCGGAAAUCGCCAAACUCACUGAAGCAGUCGCGGAGAAGGAUGCCCAGAUCGAGCGACUAUCGAAACGGCGCAAGACCGAAGAGGACCUUACGGAGGAGAUUGAGACCCUACGUUACGAAAUCACGGACAUUGGACAUGAUCACGUCGAAGCCAAGGAUAAGAUCAAGACCCUCGAAGGAGAGAAGGCGGAGCUAAAGGCGAGGAUCGAAGAGCUGGAGAAAGAUAUUGGGACUGCUGCAACUGGCGCCGAGGCGCAGGCCACCAAGCUUCAGAGUGAAUUGGAUAACCUGAAAGAAGAGUACGAGGAAGUGAAGUCGAAGGCGGCCAGCCUCCAGACCGAUUUAGCGGCGACACAGCAGCUUGCCCAGACGCGCUAUAAGGACCUGACAGAUCUGCGGGAGGUGCUGCAGAAGGCGCAGCCUGAAAUGAAGGCAUUGCGGCAGGAUUCGGCGGCGCUCGAGUCGACGAAGGAGGAGUUGGCGGCGAAGAACGCCGAUCUCCGCAGCCUAGAAAAGAGGGAAAGGGAUCUGAUGGCCGAGCUGAAUAAGGCCCAACGUCUCGCGACAGACCGCGAAACCGAGCUCAAGUCUGUUCGAGAGAAGCUUGCCGCCGAAACAAACACCCGCCUGCGCCUCGAGGACGCCCAGAGGGUUUCUGGGCGUGACCUCCGCCGAUCAGAGGCCGAGAAGAAGGAAAUCAGCCUUGCGAAGGAAGAGAUGGCGCGGGAGCUCCAGGCGGUUCGGGACGAACUGAACAGGCUGAGGCCGAGGGUGAAGGAGCUUGAGACGAAGGUCGAAGAGCUCCGGGCGGAGAAGCGAGCACUGCAGGAAGAGACGGAGUUGAGGAAGCAGCAAUAUGCCAACGCCCAGGGCCUCUUGGGCAGCAUGCGCGACCAGACGGCAGAACUCACUAUGCAGCUGAAGGAGGCCCGGUCGCAGUCGGAGUCGCUCGAGGAGGAGUUGGCUGAUAUUCAUAAGCAUCUUUCGGAACGGACCCGCGAGGCAGAGAGGAUGCGUGGUCUCCUCGCCGAGGUGGACCAACGGGCAGACGACAAGGUGCGGGAGAUGCGGGCGCGGAUGGAAGCGGCCAUUGAAGAGCGCGACCGUAUCGAAGAGGAAUCCAACACGCUGGCACGGCGAAAGACGCGGGAGCUGGAAGAGCAAAAGCAGAAGCUUCGCGACUUCGAGCGCGAGGUGAAGAGCCUUGCUCGCGAAAAGGAGGAGCUGGAGACUCAGGAACGAGAGUGGCGGCGGCGGCGGGAAGUGCUCGAGGCCAUCGAGGAGAAGGCGGAAGCCGAGGUGGCGGAGAUGCGGGCGGCAACGUCGGAUCUCCGGGCGGCGCUGGACGCUUCGGAGGAGCAGGUACGCGACGCAGAGAAACAGAAGACGGACCUGCGGAAAUUACUCGAGGAGUCGAAGCAACGAUACGACAAGGUGUCCAAGGACCUCAAAGCGGUGCAAGCCAAGCUAGGGGCGAGCCUGAGCUCGGAGCGUAGCUCCAUGGACUCGUCGCGAUCGGGACUCAACGGGUCAACGGCACCCAGUAGUGACACGAUGUAUCUGAAGGCGAUUCUGCUUCAGUUCCUGGAGCAAAAGGACAACAAGUUACGGGAGCAGUUGGUCCCGGUGCUAGGACGAAUCCUUCGGUUCGACAAGAACGACGAAAAGAAGUGGCGCGAAGCUGUCCAUAAAAUAUCAGUACGGUGAAGAGUGGUGAUUCUGUACGCGUAAGACGGAUAGGGCGAUGAAGAGAGAAGACGUCAAUGAUUCGACUGUCUUGGUGCUUCGCCAGUAUGCAGCAUGGCUCAUGAUGCAUACCACAAUCCUAUAUAUAAGAAUACCUCCUUUCCGGUCCAGGGUAUUCUACUGUAUUGUAUUAGUUGCCGUCUGGAUUUACUUCUGACGACGAACGGGCGAUUUGAUAGCGUGUACAAUUGAUGUUUCCGUCGUCCUUUG